AUGGCUGAGAGUGAGAAUCCUAGUAUGAACUGGGCCAGUCCUGAUUUCGUUAAGGAGUUCAAUAGGUUUAGACAACACUGUCAGUUUACUUUUGAUGGUCCUCUCGCAGCUAAAACUGAGCUGGAAAAAGUAAACUACCUAAUGACAUAUAUAGGUGAUAGGGGCAGGAAAAUAUUUUCCACAUUCCAAUGGACCCCAGGUACACCAGCAGCAGGGGGAAACCCAGCUGUACCAGCUGAAAACGAGAUCCUUUCGGGUGUUUUGAGCAAGUUUGAAACCUAUGUGGCUCCGAAGAGAAAUGUAAUUAAAGCUACUUUAGAAUUUAACAAAAGAUCUCAGGGUACAACUGAGUCUUUUAGUACAUUUUUGACUGAUCUAAGAGUGUUAGUAAAACGGUGUGAUUACCAAGAUGAAGAAAGAAUGUUAAGAGAUGCUAUAAUUUUAAGAAAAAGAGACCAAAAAGUUCGAGAAAAGUGUCUCGACUUGGGGGAUGAACUUACCCUGGAUAAAGCUAUAAAUUUAGCACUAAAUUAUGAAACCUCCCAGGCCAGUUUAGUUGCUAUGGAUCGAUCGGAAUCUGUAAGCGCAAUAAACAAAGGGAGACGAAUAGUAAAAGGUCAACCUAAGGGUCAACAGGGCCAGAGUAGACAACUGAAGUGCGGCAGGUGUGGGACUAAUCACCAAUAUGAAUCAUGUCCAGCCUAUGGUACAAUAUGCUCAAAGUGUAAAGGUAGAAACCACUGGGCCAGUUAUUGUAGAAGUAGGCCUAGGUCAAGUUUUAAAAGCAGAGCAACUAAAGGAAGUAAAAAAGUAAACGAAUUACUACAAUCUGACUCAGAUGAGGAUGAAUUCCUAGUUGAUGUAAACAUUUUAAGUCUUAAUAGCAGUCUUGGCUGUAUGCCAAUGAAGCAUAACAUUCACAUUGAUAAGUCUGUUACUCCAGUCCAAAAUGCGUGCAGAAAAGUGCCGUUUAAAUUGAGAGACAAAGUAGAGAAGGAGUUGAAACGUAUGACAGACUUGGGAGUUAUUGAAAAAAUAACCCAGCCAACGGAAUGGGUUAAUAAUAUGGUAACCGUAGCAAAGAAAAAUGGGGAUAUACGACUCUGCCUAGAUCCCCGAGAUUUGAACAAUGCAAUUCAACGUGAGCACUUCAAGUUACCAUCAAGAGAGGACAUAAUGGCUGAGUUUGCUAAUGCGAAAAUAUUCAGCAAAUUAGAUGCUGCUUCAGGUUUUUGGCAGAUACCUCUUGAUGAUAAAAGAGCAAAAUUGACAUGCUUCAUUACACCAUUUGGACGUUACAUCUACAAAAGGCUGCCAUUUGGAUUAAACAUGGCCCCAGAAGCCUAUCAUAAAAGAAUCCAUGAACUUUUCGAAUGUAUCCCUGGAGUUAAUACAAUGAUGAAUGACAUCAUAGUAUGGGGUACGACCCGAGAAGAACAUGAUGCUAGACUAGAGCGGCCUGAUCCUAGAAAAGUGAGUGCCAUUGAAAACAUGCCUAGACCAGAAAAUAAACAAGAAUUACAGAGAUUCCUAGGAAUGGUAACAUUCCGUGCAAAGUUUGUUCCAGAUCUUUCAAGCAUCACUGCACCACUACGAAACCUGACAAAAGAUCAAAAUGAAUGGAUGUGGGAAGAAUCACAAGAGAAUGCCUGGAUAUAG